GUGCCUCUAUAAGAACAGAACUGUGAUCGUAAGGCAAUGGAUACAGGUAUUGAUCACAGAGAAGAAGCUCAAAUCCAAACUCAAAGGUUUGUGUUCUUGUAGUAUUAUUAACAUUUAUUAUGUGGCUUUGGUUUGUGGCUAAUAUAACAUGUGCUCUGAUUGGUUAAGAGCAAGAUCAGGGCAGGGCAUAAUAUAGAAGUCCUGCCUAUAGGCUAAUUACAGAUUAUGCAAAUUAGGAAGGGCACAAAUGUUACAUAAGUACCACAACUGCUCUCUUUUUUUAAGAUUAAGAGUCUAAGAGAGUAGAUUUGAUAACUGACUGCUUAAUAACAGGGAUUGAGGUUAUUACAGGAAAAUCUCAAACCGAGGUCUUGCCAUCAUAGUGGAAUGUACACAGAAAAGACAGAAAAGAGUUUCAAAAUAGUCUCAACACUUAUGGCCUCUUUAUAGAGGUCAGGUUUUAAAUUGAAUUUAUAAUAAAACAAGAGGAAAUCUUUAGUUCAUUCAUUUAAUUGUUUGUACAGUAACUUAGUAGCGAGGAAUUUGAUGAGAUGAAAGGGGUUUCAGAUCCAAGUAGCUUUUAAAACAGACGAGACAUAGCAUAAUUUUUUUUACUCCUAAACCCUAUGUCAGUUAAUGUUUAGCUGUCCAAUUAAGGUGACCCCAAACCAGUUAAAAGGUCUCUUAACCUUUUUCAUCCUAACAUCAGUAUGCACAUUCUCCAUACUGUUCUCUAUACGUUACUAAUGUCUUGACAGGGAGAAUUUAUUCAAUAGACAGGGCUUCUUUAAUUGUUGAUUGGUUCAUACUCUAUUGUGACAUUUAUGUUUGAUUCAGGAUGGAUAUUAAAAGGAGAAAUUAGCUGCUGCUUAUUCUUAGAGGUCAAAGGGUUAAUGAAGAAGGUUUAACUGAAAGAAAUAUAUUAAGCUUAUGCUUUUGAACAAAAGAAACCUCCUUAAGAACACCAAACUUGUAAAAGAAAUAAUCAGUUUGUACCCUGGUAUAAGUCUGUUAUACAUUUUCAGUGAAUAACAUUAAUUUAUCCAAAUUUGUGGUAUAUCUUUCAGAUUUUGUCACAGAUAGGCUGCACUAAUGUUUUGAUGUGAUCACUUUGGGAAAAUAGUGUGGCUUAUCUGUCAGUGUUCAUGGUACUUUUUUGUGGCAAUGCUGAAUGAUGAUGUUGGGUGUUUUGUAAAGAAAGAUAAUUACAAACUCUCCUGGUCCAUUAACCUUGUAUGGUAUGAUUACAAUGAAAAUCAUGAUAUUCUUGUAUUCAUGUUCCAAACAGAUCAGGCCUGAAACAGAAAUUUGAUCCCAUACCAGCAGAAGUGACAAAAGCCAGAGAGGUACCUGUUGCAUGGAGAAUCUUUUCCUUUUCACUUGUAAUGCUGUUUUUAUCUCAAAAAAUUUUCAUAUUAAGUUUUGUGCAAAAUUAAUGCAAGCAAAGUCAUAAAAUCAAUUUUGGUGGUCUGCCUUAAGUGUUUUGUUGAUUAUCAAAAACUUGUCAUGGUUUUGUCAAUGCUAUAGAAGAAAAGGAACAGCAUUAUCAAAAAAAUCUCCAGAAAAUUAAUAAUAAUUAUCUAUCUAGUAAGAUGGAGAUUUAAGAAACAAUAAACAAUGUUCUAGUAGAACAUUGUUUAUUGUUCCUUAAAUCUCCAUCCUUGCCCCUGUCCUUCCCUGCCCCUCCUCUUCCUUGUCCCAAGCAGUUUUACACCACAAAAAUUUUGUGCCGUGCCACUUUUAAUUAUUCAUUUUCCUGCCUACUUGAAAAAUUAGUGACAGCUCUGUUAAAUAACUAAUGUAUUUUUAACUGACAUGGUCUCCAAAAUGGUUCUCCUUCUCUCAAAUUUUUGGAUAUAUUUCAGUAGUCACUUAUUUGAGAAUAGUUUAGAUUUAUCUUGUUUUGAGAGGAAUAGCGAUACAGAAUAGUCACCUUUCUGGCGAACUUGAUCUUUUUUAUGCUUUUUCACUGAAGCCUACCUUUUCUUCUCUUUGGAAAGUUCACCCUGCACCUUCAGGAGAAACAAAUCUAACCCAAAAUUUUAGUUCUUAUCAAUAUUUACUGCUGAACAAAAAGUGCCUCAAGAUUCUCAGAAAUGUGUUGCAAAUUUUGUUCAGUGCCAGUUGUCCUCAAAAAGCGCUGAGGAGCCAAGAAACUUAGUUCUGCACAAUACUAAGAAGACAUAUUUAUGUUCAUAUCUUAAAUAUUUACUUACAGGAUGAUGUAAACAGUAUUUUGAAACGAAGAAGCCAUAUUCAGAAAUGUAUCCUUUUGCAUAAAUUAUAAGUUACAUACUAAUACUAACAUUCUUAUAUACAUGUACCUAGUUGGAUUGAUGCUGUGGUAGAACUGAGAAACUCAUGGAAAAUUUAAUGGCUGAAAAGACUUUUCAUUUUUCUUCUCAUGACUGUUGUUUAAUUCAUGUGGCAAGUUUCAUUACUUAAAAAAAGUGUAAUUAUUUAUUCAGUUGAUAGAAAGUUGGUCAAAUAUUUGCAACUUUUGAUAGGUUGCAUAGCACUACUUCUAGUUUUGAAUUUUUGUUGACCUUUUAAAAGCAAGCAUUAUUUUGGACAGUUACUCACAACAAGCUUCACUGUUUCAGUUUCUGUUGUGUGUGUUAAGUUGAUUGAUUGAAACAAUUGCAAGGGAAUUCAAGUUUCCUUAACCCUCAUGUUAGCACUUCAUCUGUUGGAUGAGGCUCUUUCUACCCCACAGCAACAAUUACACACUGCUUCCUCACUGCUGAGAUCAGUGAAAACCCCAACACCACUUCGCCAACUGCCCAUGUCAGCAUCAGGACUCAGACAUAGUGCUUGUAUGUAUGUUAAAUUAAUGAUAACUAGUUUAGUGGUGGUCUCAAUCUCUAGUCAAAUGGUGCACAGGCUAGGAAAGACAUGAGCAAUCUUGCAUCACAAAUUCAUCAAACAUUAUAGAUUUUUGAAACUGAAAUAGGGUAUUAGAAAAUAUAGAACUUAAAAUUUAUGCAAGCUCCCCUCAUUUUCUGAAUUUGACUCUAUUGUUGUUAAGAGUUGGGCACAUAACUUGGUCCUAAUUUUGGGGUAUGUUCAAAGCUGAGUUAAGAUAACCCAGGGUUUCUGUGAAUUCAGAUUUCAGAUCUGAAAGUCAGUAUAAAUUUAUUUUCUCCACAAUUUGAUAAAAGGAUACUCUAAAUAGAAGAAAGAAAAUUAUCUUAAAAAGGCUUUUGAACAAAGGAAUAAAGAAACCUAGAUUAAAAUUUAACCCUGAGUUAGCACUAAGUGGCCUUGGAACAACUGUGUACUGAUGUUUAUCACUUCCACAUUUCACAUUAUUUACAGCACUAAAACACUCUGCUUAUGGGGAAGUUCCUAGAGUAUCAUUCAGUAUUUUUCCAGUGUUUUCAAUAAGAUUUGAACUAGGUGGCAACCUCUCUAAAGCACCCACCUCAGAAUAAUAUAAAAAUCAUUUCCUUCUUAUUAGCCCACGAGUUCCAUUCAGAACAAGCUCCCUUCAAAGGAAGGUGUUGGUGUUAAACUUUGGCACACAAUCAUAAAAUAUUAGUCUCCUUUGUUACAAUUGUUUUAAAAAUCUUCUGUUUUCUGACAUGUAGACCUGCUGCCUGAGUUUCACACAAGAGUUCUCUGAAAUGACAUGGUUACUGGUUACCAAAUUUGACUCAGUAUGUUCCAUGAAACUCUAAUUAAUCUUUUUUUUUUUUUAAGCUGGAAAUGUGGCAUAUGAAAAGACAAUAUCAAUCAGUGUUAUCAAAACUUGUUUAUAAAGGGUAAAAGUCAACCAAAAGAACUCGAUAAAAUCUCAAGGUGUUUUAGUUAUCACUACGUGAGUUUCCUUGGAAGCUUCCAGAAAGUCACAGAAAGAUGCAUAAUGAUGGUAACCAUUCAAAAAUCACGUAAUACUAAGCACUUUCAAUAGGCAGUCUACAAAAACAAUACAAGAUAAUGUCCUGUGUGUGUCAAAUUUGCAUACGCUCAUGUUCUCAAAUGUUCUCAAAUUUGAUGCCAUGAUCCAAACUUUCUUCCCCUGGCCGUGCCAGAUUCUGGUGUUUUCCAUUCAUUCAUCACUUUUUGACUUACAGUUGCUUAAAGCAUUUGCACUUCAAAUGUUUACAGAUUUUUCUUCUGUUUGUAAUUGGAAACAAAUCCCUCAGUCUCCCCCCUCCAAAAUGCUGAAAGGCUUUUUUGUGAUCCAAGUUUUUUCCUUUUUUAUCAAGUGAAAUUAAAGAUAUGUGGCCGUGAAUUCCACAAGUUUUACUUAUUGGUAAAAACUCAAUCGAUUAUUCUUGUCUGCAGAAGUGUGCAUUAUUAUUGAUGCAUUCCACUAAUAAUGUUUGCAUAAGAUAAUUGAAUUGGGUUAGUCAGCCAAUGAAUUCUAACUUUUCCCACAGUGCAUGUUUCAAAUCAGAUUGUAAACAAUCAUCAAGCCACCAAUUGCUCCACCAAAAGUCACUUGUUCAUGUUCUGGCUAACUAGUAACCAUAAGAGCACAGUCUUCUUCACUUUUCACAGGAACUUCAGUUUUUUUUCUUUCUUUUUUUGUUUUCUUAUUAAACAGUUAAAUGCGUAAGUGUUCAAUGCCUGUUUUUGUUUCUGUCUUUGUAGUCCUUGCAUGCAUGCAAACUUAACAUUUUCAAAAAAGUUCCAAAUUUGAUUUUCUUGACUGUGUUAUCAACAAGCAUCUAUUUUAACAAUUUUGAUUUUCAAGUUUGUUUUCUAACUAGCAGUUGAGAAAAACUGCUGUUGUUUUAUUUGUCCAAAAUUAAGAUGUUUUACUUUGGCACAAGGUUGUUUGAAAAUUAUUUAAGUAACAGACAAUGUGUACUUCUAUUUUGCACAUGAUGAAUGUAACUAGAACAUGCAAAACAUGCAGAAACAGAGAACUUCUAGUGAAAGAAGAAAUCUAACAAUCAAUGACCACAGAAAUUGAAAUGUAGAUGAGGUGUACAUGUAGCAUAAUAUUGUAAGCAUUGUAUUGUAUGCGUUACUUUUGCACAUUACCCUUAGAGACUAGUGACAGAGUGAAAAGAUAAUUUAGUUCAUGAGGAACCUGAAAGUGGUAAGGAAGGUCACUGGACAGUGUCUAUUAGUACCAUUAAUCAAUAUGAACUGCUUCUCAACAUUACUUUACAAGUAUGGAUGUUAAUGAACACUAUUUUGAAAUUUAGACACACUCAGUGGUACUUCUUCAGUUGCAGAUACAGAUUACACCACUCAGGUACACUGACUAGUUCUUAUGCAUGCAGAUUGCUUUUUUGAUCUAAGGUAGAGAAUUUCAUUCUAGACAUGCAAAGCUGUAGAAAGCGAGCAAAAGAACAUGUUAUUGAGACUGAUCCUGUACCUUCAUUUCACAGAUAAAUUAAAUUGAAGGAAGAUUUAUUUAUUUAAAAUGCAUUUGCUUAAACUUAGUCACUUUCAAGUGAACUGUUUGAAAAAAAAUUAAAAAUAUAAGGGUGUGACUAACAGUUGAUAAUACCAGCAUAAAUUGUUGGUGUUGAUAUCCUUUUACAAAGAUCAGCAAGCAUUUAAGGAGAAAAUUGAUGACAGAAAAUUUGAUAGAAUGCAAAUGGAAAGCAAGGCUUUCUCAUAAAACUGCUGGGUGCUCAAUUAGUACAUGCAAGUUUUGAUCCCCAUUUUAAUUGUGAAUUUCCAUUGGCAUGUAUAUACUCUGCCUGGAAGAAUAAGAUACAAAAUUGAUUUAAUGAGACUGUACAGCUUUAACUGCUUUUAACUCAAUUCUUGCAUAUCAGUGUAUAAAGGAACUGUAUGUGUACACACACUGUCAAUAUUAACUUCUUACUAACCGAGUGUGAGGUCAGUAUUGGGGCAAAAAAUAACCUAGGGCCAGUAUUCCCUGGUGCAAUUCAAGCAAGCUAGUUUAGUAAGUAGCUUAUUAUAAGACACUUGGACCACACUUGUUCAUUCUGAAUGUACCAGCUUUUACAACUAAAAAUACAUAGUGUAUGACCAUUUCUAUGGAAGCAGCCUCACUUGGCAAAAUGUAGAUCACCAUGUUACUUCCUUGGUUCUGGUGUAGGAAAUGUCUUACAUGAGUGAGGGCCUGCAUCCUGGACUGCUGUCUUCUCUCCCUCAGCAUAUGUCUGGCGGCACCACUCUGGUAAGUGAUUAGAAUCUGAACUUGUUAUGCCAACCUAUAACCAUUGAAUCAUGAUGAUCUUGUUUUCCUUUCACUGUAGGGUUCAUUGUCCUUCAUGGAAGAUAGUGGGUUAAGCCGCCCUCUUACUCCCAGUAAACCCCUUGCCCAAGUUGUUGAGGUAUGGAAGUAUAUUGUACAUCAUGCAGAGUUUUUUUUCCUAUAUUUUCAUAGAAAAGUUAUUUGUUUUAUUGAAUGACUCCAGAUUCUGAUCUUCUAUUUAUUAUUUAUAAACAUGUGUGUAAUCUGAAACAAAAGAAAGGACAAGUGAUUAAUUAUUAAUUAUAAAAAAAAUACUUGUUCUUGUAAAGGUGGCAUUGGAGUUCCUGAAGCUUGCUGGUAAUGCCUCUGUUAUUCAUUCUGAGUCUUUUCUGAUUUGUAAAGGAUUUUUCACCUGGAAGUGCUGUGGAAUUGUCGCAGUUAACUGAGAAUGUCAGUAUUUUGACUGAGAAGGAUCCUGUGAUUGCAGGUCAGUAUGGUAGAGUAAUGUUUACCUGUGCACUACAUUUUAUCUGGUUCAGUCACUUUCAUUAGUUGGACCAUUUUCUCUCAUUUGACCAUUGGACAAUUGGACAAUUUUAUGAGGUUAAUCUGGACCAUUUCUACCACUGGUUGCAUCUUUCUAGUUUGACCAUUUCAAAUGUUUGGAGCCAUUUAUUCAGUCAGCCUUUUUCUACUGUUUUUUAACCAGUUGGACCAUUUUAUUUUGUGUGACUAUUUUAAUCAGUUCAACCUUUUUAUCAGGUUAGACUAUUCUAAGUAGUUGGACCAUUUUAUCUAUCUAGACCAUUCUAACCAAUUGGACCAUUUCAAUCAUUUGGAUGUUUUUACCCAGUUAGACUGUUUUAAGGGGUUAGGCCAUUUUUAGCUCAUUCAUGCUGAAAGCAAUGAAUGAGGUAUGGUGGUGGAGAAGAUGAUGUUGAUGGAAGUUGUCGCCCGUGGACGGAAGUUGCAUUGUGAACCGUGAAUGGAAGUAGUCUCUCAUACUACCCCUCCCCACUUAGUGAAAGUCAAAAUUAAUUUUGAUGAAGCUCAGAAACUCACGUGGAAAGAAAUAAAAUGUUUAUAUGGUUUAAUAAUAACCUCAAAUCACAUUUCUGAACUUCUGAAAAUGCAACUUGAAUCGAGAAGCCAAAAUGCUCACACCUUGGGGACCCUUAGCAGGUUCAUUUUAACACACAUUGUGACCAUGCAAAAGAGCAUCAGAGGUAGCCAUAUUGGUAAGCUGCGUUUGUCUUCAGUUGGUAUAUAGCAAUCAUUGCUCUAUCAUUGUACUUUUUCUCGUAAGCUCUUCAACAUAUGGUCCACAUACAAUCAUAGCGGCCAAGACAUUAACUCAUUUCUUAAGGAUCUGGUCAUUUCAAAAGGAUCUGGUCACCAUAUGCAAAUAACCUAAAAUAUAGGGCCUCUGUGGUCUGACCUGUGGUAAGGAACCACCUCCAGUGAGCAACCGCCCACAAUUGGCAAAAAAUUAUUACUACUUCCUCCCUUUGCUCUUGUUAAGUUAAUGUAUUUGCCCCCUUCUCCCAGAAAAAUUAUCUUGUAUCAUGAUUCCAUGAACCUUAAGUUACCUGUAAGCAACAUUGAGUGGGGAGGGCCUUGUCAAUGAUUUAGAGUGUGGUGGAGACAGGAGUGUCAUUCUACAGAUAAAUUGUGUGUGCCAAUUUUUAACCUCAUAAAAAGGAUUUUGACUUCAUGCAACUAUCACUUUAUUAAACAUUUUUGCAUGGAGGGCAACAUUCAGUACACCAAUAUUUUACUAUUUAGGUUAAAAGUAGAAUUUGAAAGUAGGAAUGUCCAAAGUAAUGACAAUAAUUGAACUGAAUGACAGUAUCAAGGGCCUUAAAGAUGUGUAGUGGUGAAUGUGUUGUCUAUGUGAAACAAGAGAGAUUACAAUUGUCGCCAGACCGCAGUCCAAGGUGAAAUGGAGAGUUUUGUAGAUUGUUUUUAACACACUCAAACCUGCAAGAAGGAUUAAUUUGCUGUAUGCAUGUAAUCCACUAAUUUGGUGGACAUAAGGAGUUCCGGACUGACCUUAAGUAAUUGUUGUUGCCCCCAGUAAUCUGGUUUGUUACUUGGUAUUGUUCAGAAAUUUUGUCAAGGAAGAGCAAAAAGUUUCAAAAGAAAGAAGUAAGAAAUUAAAAAAACACUCACAGGAAAUACAUGCUGUAGCUCUGUGGUUGUAUCUGAUCUGUUGCAUGGUAUAUCUCAUUUUCAGCCAGUUCAAGCUUGUUUGGAGAAUUCAUGAGUGCCUUUACAUCAUUUCCAGAUACAAAGCAUAUUUUUGACAUGAUAGCUGGAUAUGAAAAGGUAAUUCCCGUGCAUUGGAACGUAUCCAAUGAUAUAUAAUUUAUUGUUAACAAGAUAAUUUGGUUUUAUCAACUGAGUUAAUAAUGUAAAUUGCCCAUCAUAAAGAGUUUCUAAACUGAUGUUUCAAGUGUUAGCCCCGCAUGACGGCAAAUGGUCUGGGGUAAUGGUUCAAUCAUUAGCUCAGAAACUCUUCUUGGUGGCUAAUUUAAAUUAUCAGCUCAGUUGAUAAAACCAAAUCAUCUUGUUAUAUCCCCCAACUGAUGCAGAACCAAAGUUGCUUUAGAAACUCAUCCCCAUUUAGUUCUCAUAAAUGUUGUUUUUUUAGCAUUUAUGUUAGACAUUACUGUAUUGUGGAUAGUUUUUAAAAGUGUAUUUACCCUAGGCUUGCAGGCAGCAGCUGCUGGUUCUGAAUGGAUUGAUCAGACUGUCAUCACCAGGAAAAACUAAGUAAGCAUAUUUUUAAAGUGACAUGUCUGUAAAGUGAAUGUAAUGGUACAGAUAAGUUUUACAAAUAUGAGAAAGCUUGAAGAGGGGCACUUUUUUGUAAUGAGUAUCUUUACAAUUUGCCACAGUGCACAUGCAGUACAGAGCAAAAGUAAUGCAAAUGGCAGUAAAAUGUAAUAAAAAUUGCAAGUUAUAUUAUCAACAUUAUUUGAAUGAUAUUCUGAUUGGGAAGAUGUACUUGUAUAGUUUGAUUUAAAUUGCUAAGCUAAAGCUUUUAUUUUUGACACACAUAAGUGAGCUCUUUGUGAUUUAUCAUCAUAAUUAUCGUUUCAAUUCCAUGAUCAUAUAUGGCAGGAGCUCAGUGACUUUGUGUUUCCAUUCUGGGAUAUUAUGGCUGCAGCUCAGCAGUGUGUUUUUCUCUCUCUUAGAGAAAUUGUGACUGCGUUUUGAUUUCAUCUUUGCAUUCAAGUAGAUAUUGUUAUCACUUAGAAAUACCUGGUUUUCUUUCAGUGAGAUAGCUGUGGUACCUAUUUAAAACAAAAGUCUCCAUUUGGAGCCAAAAUAUGCACAGAUAUUUGUCUGCAGAUGUAUUUGUUGAGAGACACAAACUGUGAGCUUCAAGUAACAGAAAAUGUCUAAGGACAAAUUUACUUAACUAGCAUAUUUCCCCACCAAGUAGAGGCUAUUCAUUAUUCUUCAAGUAUUUUUGCAAGGCAUAGGAAAGAACGUUUAAAAACAGCUCACCAUUCCUGAGAUGUUCACUUUUCAGUGCUCUCUGGUAAGACUCUGUAAACAAACAAACAUGAACCUUCUUCUGUAACAACCAUAAAAUGCUUUCUUGUCUUGAUUAAUUUGACUUAUAGUUGUGGAUGUAACCAUUGAAAAUUGGAGAAUAUCACUUGGGGUAUAUCUGGAUAUUUCCCAGUCUUACCCUGGGCAUAUAUGGUCACAUGAUGCAUUUUGACCAGUUGCACAGUAGCAAAGAUAUAUGAUGGAUUAUAAGUAGCAAUAUAUCAGCAGGAUAACUGUAUAGUUGAGUGAACUUUUCUUUCCUUCAGUGUGUGCAGCUUAUUUUACUGUCUGUUUCUGAGAUAUUAAAUCAGUUAUGUUCAAUCAGACUUUCCUGCAAACCUUUCCUUUUUGGCCUACAAGCAUGUUGUUUGACCCUUUAAUCCAUAUAAGAGUGACCAGUUUCUAAUUUCUCCCUAAGAUAUCACCACAGUGACUGAAUCACACAUUAAUGUCAUGAGAAUAAGGGAAAUGAUCACCAAUUAUAGAGACUCUUGAUUGUUAGACAAAUUCUCCUGGUCAGCACCCUUGGAAAAUACGAAUACUGAUGUUAGCGUGUAAAGGGUUAAAGAUGUAUAUCAAAGGCAAAAGAAAACAUUUCUUGUAAGAUACAGUACAUUAAGAAUUACAGCAAGAGACAAAAAAAGUGAACAACACAGCAUUCAGAAAAAGUGAGAACAACCUCAAUCAAUAAAUAACAUUGCCUCCUGACUUCCCACUCUGUGAGGUGAAGUUAUUUAUUAUCAUUGCCGCCAAUCAGAAUCAGUAUGAAUUAACAUCACUUUUUGACAAAAAAUUUUUAUUGGAACUGUUCUGAAGGUUGCAAUUUACACAAGAAAUGGAGUUGGUUGCCUCUUCAAUGAAUCUUAUCAUCUCACAUUUAAGUCACUAUAGUAAUACUCAAUUUUUCCAUGUCUUGAUUCAUGGAUGUUUGAAUUUUGAAAACUAAGUUGUGCACAGGUCUUUAAGGAAAAGAUCAAAAUAACUAUUUCUGGGAUUUUUUAACACUCAGUCCUCUACUUAUGACAGAUACUUAUGACUGUCAGUUCUGAAAAGGAUGGUUUUCAUACAGGACAAACAUGAUAGCUUUCACAGAAAAGAAAAUUAGAAAAAUUAAAAAAAAAAAAAUAGCACAUGUAAACUGCUGCCCUCACACACUUCUUACACCACACUUGAAUAACACUCCUGAAUUAAAUGUUUGUAAACCUACCUUAUCACAUGGUUUUUAUGUUGCUAACAAAGAAAUUUCUUGUAUGACAGAUAUUACAGUUGAAAGGCCCUUUUUGUCUUUAUAGUCAUGGGAUGUGCUAUGAAAGCUGAAAUAGUCUAGGAGAUUUGAAAAAGAGGCCUAAAAAAGGCAUUACAUAGCAACCUCACUAUAUGAAAGGUUUGACAUUGGAUUGUGACAGGCUGAUACACAUAGAUCAUUGCUACAUCAGUCACAGUGACAAAUUGUGGGGUCAGUGACCUGCUACUCACUGAUUUUUAGGGGAGGUGUGGGUGGGGGUGCUCAUGGAAGUGCACUAAAUAUAUGAGUUCAGGAAUGUUUUUGGCAAUAUCACUUGUACUGGUCAACCAAAUAUCACACAUUUUUUUGGGAGAGGAGAGUAACUUUUGCAGUUCCUUAACAAGUGUUAUUUGUGGUCUGUUAAACUAUUACCAUGACAAUGGUUGCUUGGGAAAUCAAGAUAAACAUUGUUUUUGUGAAAUAUACUGUUAUUAAUUAUUAUUUCUGAUGAAUUUGUGAUAAAAAAGAACAGUCAUCAUUGUUCAAUUGCUGAUGUUUUAUUGUUGAAAGGAAUAAACGGCAGAUGUUAUUGGCUUGAAAAAUACAAAUGCCUUGUGACAAAUGUUAAAAAAAAGACAGUCAAGAACCAGUUUCCAAUCUCCUACAUUUAAAGUUCAAAACAAUAUAGUCAGUUAAAUACAUGGAAUUGUUGACAUCAUCCCUUCCUUUGCUGGUGUACCAGCCUAACAUGUGGGAAUGUAAAGUGAGCUUAUGAAAGCCUCAGCAGAUGGAUUAACUUCUCAGUACUUAUUUUCCAAGUCCUGUAAUUGUGAUUAUGCAUGUUUGUUAUUCACAGUAGCCUUCCAAGCCUUCCUUUUGCCACUUAGCAAAAGCCACUUGUGAUGUUACAUCCUGUAAGAGCUUGGAAUGCUGGUAGAGGCUUGCAAAGCUCUUUUUCAAGCUUUCUAUGAGAUGAUUUAUUGGAAGAUAGCAAAGCAUGUCCUUAACAUCACUGCAGGACUAUAGCUGGUCAGCCCUCAAAUCAUGAUCUGUAGAGAUACAAAGGAAAUACUUCAGAGCUACAUCAUUAUCAGAUGUCUGAACUGUCCUCAGCAUGGAUAAACUUUUCUUGUGUCCUUUUCCUAACUAUGGUACUACACUGGCAGAUGGUAGAUACUGUGUCCCUAGCUAUUUCAAAGCAUGCUUCUAGUACCAACUUCUCACAAGGAUUAAGUGCAAUUUCUUACCAAGUGCUUACCAAUUUCUUAUAUAAAUUUUCAGGUUAAUUUUAUUCACUAGAUUUGAAGCUGUUCCAUUUUUUGGGGGGACUGGCAUGACUGAACUUUCUCUUCUGACUAGUUUGUCAUAUUUAAUGGAGUUCUCCUUUCUAGAACAAUCUUUUAUGACAUCCACACAGUGACAGUUAGUCUUCCCAAAUUAGACAGUUAUAAUUGACCAACAAACUUCUUACGAUCUAGAGCCCUUAUCAGAGUUUAUUAACUCCCAGAUCAACCAAAUGACUGCUUGCAUUUGGGAGCUCAUUGAAUCCAUGAUUCUUGCAAGUGGGAACUCUUAUUAAAGUUCAUUGAGUCUUGAGGGUAUUUCCACUAAAUUUGUUUUGCCUUUGUAUUUAAAUGAACAAACUUCUUGCCAUUGGAAGUUCUUAUUUGAGCUCAUUGACUCCACAAUCGACCAACAAACUUCCUGCCAUCAGGAGCUCUUAUCAGAACUCAUUGACUCCCUAAACAACCUACAAAUAUCAUGUGAUGAAAGGCUCUUAUAAGAGCUCAUUGACUCCCUAAUUGACUAAUAACCUUUGUGUCAUUGGGAGCUCUUAUCAGAGCUGUUUGAUUCCCCAACUGAACAAGGAACUUUGUGUCAUCAGGAGCUCUUAUCAGAGCUCAUUGAAUCCCUGAUCAACCAACAAAUUUCUUGCAAAUGGGAGCUCUUAUCAGAACUCAAUGACUCCUGGAUCCACCGGAAAAUAUCUUGCAUUCAGGAGCUCUUACAAGGGGUCAUACAGACUCCCUGAUCAACCAAGAUAGCAGUCCAAGGUGAAAUGGAAAGUUUGUGGAUUAUUUUUAAUACACUCAAACCUCCAACAAGGAUUAAUUUGUUGUAUGCAUGUAACCCACCAAUGUGCUGGAUGUGAGAAGUUCCAGACUGACCUAAAGUAAUUGUUGGUACUCCAGUAAUCCUGAUUGUUACCUGGUAUUGUUGAUAUGUUUUGUCAAGGUAGAGCAAAAAGUUUCAAAAGAAAGAAAGGUAGAACGAAAUAAGAAAAAACACACACAAAAUACAUGCUGUAGCUCUAUGGUUUUAUCUGAUCUGUUGCAUGGUGCAUCUCAUUUCAGCCAGUUCAAACUAGUUUAAGAGUUCAUUGAAUCCCUGAUCAAGCAACAAAUUUCUUGCACUCAAGAGCUCUUACCCGAGCUCAAUAACUCUGAUCCACCAAUGAAUAUGUUGUGAUCAGGAGCUCUUAUGAAGGCUCAUUGACUCCCUGAUUGAGCAACAAACUUUAAUUUCUACCAUCAGGAGUUCUUAUCUGAGCUCAUUGCAUCCUGAUUGACCAACAAACAUUGUGCCAUCGGGAGCUCUCAUCAGAGCAUUGACUCCCUAAUCAACCAAAAACUUCUAGUAAUCAGGAGCUCUCAUCAGAGCUCAUGGGCUCCUCAAUUGACCCUCUGACUUUUUUCACUAAAAAGCUCUUGUUGAAGCUCAUUGACUCCCCAAUUUACCAACGUACUUCUUGCAUGUGGCAGCUCUCAUGAGAUCUCUUUUAACUCCCUUGUCUGCCAAUAAACUUCUUGACUCUUCAAUUGACUAACAACUGUGUGCUGUUGGGAGCUCUCAUCAGAGCUCAGUGACUCUCAAUUUAGAAACUUGUAUGCCCCAGGUUUAUUAACUUUGUGCCAUCAGGAGCUCUUAUAAGAGGUCAUUGACUCCCCAACUGACCAACAGCUAUAUUCCAUAGCCAGCUCUUAUCAGAGGUCAUUGACUCACCAAUGCAACCAACCAACCAACCAACUUUGUGCCCUUGGGAGCCCUCAUCAGAGCUCAUUGACUACCUAAUUAACCAACAAAUUCCCUGUGAUUAGAAGGUCUUAUUAGGGCUCCUUAACUCCCUAAUCAACCGACAAACUUUGUGCAAUCAGUAGCUCUGAUUAGAGUUCAUUGACUCAAUUGACCCACAAACUUUUUUCACUCAAAAGCUCUUCUUAGAGCUCAUUGACUCCCCAAUUUUCCAACAAACUUCUUGCAUUUGGCAGCUCUCAUGAGAGCUGUUUUGAUUCCUUUGUCUACUAAUAAACUUCUUGCAAUCAGGAGCUUUUGUCAGAGCCCAUUGACUCUCACAGUGCUUCUCUUCACCCAGGUGUACAAAUGGGUACCAGCAAAUAUGAUGGGGGUAACCCUGUGAUGGACUACCAUCCCAUCCAGGGGGGAGUAGCAACACUCCUAGCUGCUUCAUGCUAAGGAAACGGGACUUAAGCGUCAGCCCCAUGGGCCACUUGGGCCUGUCUAAAGGCUUUACUUUACUUUUUUUAUGUGCUGUUGGGGACUCUCAUCUGAGCUUAGUGACUCUCAAUUUAGAAACUUCUACGCCCCAGAUUUAUUAACUUUGUGCCAUUAGGAGCUCUCAUCAGAGGUCAUUGACUCUCCAACUGAUCAGCAACUGUGUUCCAUAGCCAGUUCUUGUCAGAGGUCAUUGACUCGCCAAUUGACCAACCAACUUUGUGCAAUCAGUAGCUCUGAUCAGAGUUCAUUGACUCCCCAACUGACCCACCUACUUUUUGCCUUUGUUUUGCACUUGAACUUACAUGCCUUAAGUUUACAAACUUUGUGCCAUUGGGAGCUCUCAUCUGAGCUUAUUUACUCCCCAAUUGACACACAAACAUCAAAAGCCCUUAUCAAAGCUCAUGGACUCCCCACUCAACCAAACAAGUAUCUUGAGAUCAGGAGUUCUCGUGAGAGCUCAUUGACUCCUCAGUUGACCAAACAGUCUCUUUCAAUAGGAAGCUCUUAUCAGAGCUUAUUGACUCCCCAACUGACCAUCUAACUUCUUGUGAUCAGAGGUUCUUAUCAGAGCUUAUUGACUCUCAACUGACCAUCUAACAUUUUGUGAUCAGAAGUUCUUAUUGGAGCCCAUCAACUCCCCAAUUGACCAACCAACUUCUUGCAAACAGGUACUCUUAUCAGAGCUGAGGAACUCUCAAAGGUAUUUCAACUGAAUUUGUUUUGCCUUUGUUUAUAAAGAAGGACCAAUUUCAAGGUAUUUUGCAAGAGAACAACGUCUGCUAUUUAUUCUUUUAAGCAUUUUUGACUAUAUUUCACAAAAUCACUUUCUCCUUGGUUUUCUUAGCAACUUUUGCCAUGGUGAUAGUGAACCAACCAACUGAAAUUAUCCCACAUUAAGUAACAAUCAGUUACAUUACCCCUCCAAAUUCUUAGUAAUUUGUUUGAGUAUUUCUGGAUAUAUUGCUGAAAGUUCCAAAAGCCCUUAACGGCCCCUAAUAACAAGUCACUGACCCCACUUGUGGCUAAAACCAGUGUGGCAAUGUUCUCUGGAACUCAGACUAUCAUAAUCUGAGCUUAAAACUUUUGUGUAGUAAGAGUGCCAUAAAGUUGAUUUUCUCAGGCUUCCACGCCACACCUAAAAUAAGUAAAGUAACUCGAUGAAUCUCCAAAAAUAAGAUUUUAAAGAUAGUACUUAAACUUAGUACAAUGUAUUAAGUAGUAGAGAAAUCUUUUAAAUUUUUUUUGGUAGAUUUGCUAAACAAGUUGACAUAUUGCAUCUCAUUUCUCAAGAGAGUUACACUUGGAGGCUUGUUGGCUCCUUAUACAGGUGGGUGCUGGUUAUAUUUUAAACUGUUGCCUGUUUAUUUAUUCUGAUAGCAUUUAUUCAGAAACCCUUGCAGCAAUGUUUUAAUACCAGAGCCAUGCUGCUCCUUUAUUCAAACAACAACAGAGUUAUAAGAAUAGUUCUAUCAAUUUCAAACCCCCCUACAUUGCUCAAAAUAGGAAAUUUUGUCUAGAAACUAAAGAGUGAAAGAGUAGCAUCUUUGUCAGGAUGGUUAGAUGUGGUAAAGGUGAAUAAGAGUUGUAGCCUGUCCUGUUGUUAGCAAAUUAAUAAAACAAAAACAACUUGGAGAAAUUGUUUGAUAAUUGAUGAUCUACUUUAUGUUUCCUACAAGGGAUUCAAGUUUGGCCAUAAAUAUUAUUUCUGAUGUUGAUUUGUGUGUCAAUCAGUACUGAACAUAACAGGUGGUUUGAGUUUACUUGUGGUUCUUGGCUGUUCUAUGUGCCUGGUUAAGUUCCAACUUCCAACUCCUUAAUUAAUAUUCUAGUUUGGUCGUAACAAAUAGGGGAAUAUGUGCUAGUUGAAUUAUGUGCCAUGCUGAUGCAAUUUGAAUCUAUUCUGUUUUAUUAAAUGUGUAGUGACAGACUGCAAUAUGGAAUAUGUGAUGAUGGAGCUAUGUUGACAAAUUUUGUGGUAAGUACUGUACAAUCAAUGCUCAACAUGUCAUUUUGUGCAGUAUAGUUAUUAAUAUGUGCACAUAAUUUGCCCUAAUUGUAUCAUAAAAGUUUGAGUAUAACACACGCUGCCAUUGGUUGAAAGAGUGUGCUUUAUCAGAGUACAAAACAUAGAGCUGAGCCAAAGCUGUCAUGCCAUCUGCCAAUUUGUACUUAUAUCUGAAACAUAAUCUCAUGUUUCUCCCUACACUUCUUUGGUGCUCUUGCCACUUGCUAGACUCUAGUAUUCAUUUUGUAAUGGUUUGUGUUGGUUUUUUUUAGGGCAGAAACUGGAAUGAAAAAAAGAUUAUAAAUAAUUUGUAUGAAAGAGAGGCCUCAACUAGGCAAAAACAGGUAUGUAUUGAAGAUAAAAGAUGUGCCAUUAUACCACUAAUGCCAUUAAUAGAAACACAAUUUUCAUUUCUGAUAUGUUGCUCUCAGUAUAGAAAAUGUUUGCCUUGCCAUCUCUUUGCAUAAAUAUGGUCAUCCAAAAAUGACAGUGUGUUCAGUUAUGUUGUUCUAUAGCUAUAUAAUUAUACUGUACGCUUCAUUGGGAAAUAGCAUAAUGCACUCAAAAAAUCCAUUCUAGAAUUUUCUGACAUCUCAUUCUUCAUGAGGAGUGACUUCUUAUCUGAAGGAAAUUAAUUUAUUCUGAGGAAUGGUUACUUCUCUUCAUGAAAGAUUAUAUAUCUCAAAAGUGCCAUCAUUGUGCCUAUGCUUGAAUGAGGAACAAGUACAAUUGCCAAAAGGGACAAAAAAGCAUAUUCCCCACUCAAACAGAGGUUGUGAUGCAAACAAGAGUCAGACUCGAUCCCAUUUCAAGCUAUUAUCUAUGCCAGCUAUUGAGAAAUACCAUUACUAGUAUUUGUGAGAAAUGCAUUGUUGAGUUUAUUAUCUAGCCAAAGAUUCACACUUCUUAGAAAUAUUUGACAUGCUUUUCAUAUUGUUUACUUAACUAAUUUUAUUUCAAAGUUCUCCAGGGUGUUGAAAGUCAAAGCUUUGGCACAUGAUUAUUUCAUAACCUCUGGGCAAUUUCAGUCAUGUUGUAAAUUGAUGCAGAAGCCCACAUGACACACACAAUGUUUUUUUCCUCUCUAUUAGAUUGUAGUUGACUGGCUAGAAAAGAAUGCAGAGGAUUGGCUGAAGAUUUUUUUAGAAAGUGACAAAGUAGAGUACUUUUCAGAGUCAGUUUGCUGGUAAGUUAAUAUUUUAGAGUUUUCACUUUUCAGGAAUCACAAACUCUUACUAACUGACCCUUUGUGGGAAAAUGUGUUCUCAGGUGAAUGGAUGUGCACAGCAAAAUUACACACUAAACAAUUGACAGGGAGAGAAAUGACAUUGUGUAUAGUGUAGUUUUAGUAAACAUCGCUUUUCCAAGUGGUGUGUGAAGAAUUCAACUACUUUUUAAACAGAAACCCUGAAACAAAAGAAAUUGGAGAGAAAUUCUGAGACAGUGCUGAAAGACAACUGAGUCAACACAAAUGUUGUUGUUAUUUUGACCUUGGUUUAUAUGGAAAAGCACGAUAAAAAAUUAAAUUCUAAAAUCAUGUAAACUCAGCAAUAACUCAGCACAGUCUUUCAUCUUCAGAAGAAGAGGGGUUCAAUCGCACUUGGGUUGUUUCAUCUUAAUGGUACCAAUCUGGUAACUUUAUAAUAAAAAUUCAUCUUGUGUUAUUUAUAUCAGUUCAGUUGAGUUUUUACUGAUUCAGUAAGUUGCUUGUUUACUUUAGGUAAUUUGGUGUUAACAACUGAGUUGAAAACAUAAAUUAGCCACUGUAAAGGGUAAAAAAGCUGACAUUUCUAUCACUCUAACACUUUUCUCUAUCACUUUUACCCUUUAUGGUGGCUAAUUUACGUUUUCAACUCAGUUGUUAACAAUAAAUUACCUGCUAUACUCUCCCACCGAUGCAGCAGCACCACAGUUUCUUUAGAAACUUACCCCUCUAUUGCUUGUUUACUUUGUUUGCUUUAGUUUGAUGAGUUGUACACUUUUUGUGUUUUUUUGGGGUUUGUUUUUUUUUUUGUUUCUAUUCAAUACAGUUACAAAGCUUUCUUAGAGCAUCGUGUAAUGCAAGUGAAACUCAAGUCACCAUUCACAACUCUUGUUUGAAUGCACAUGUAGGCUGUUCUGCGAGACAUGUCUUAUCACACACCAGUGACAUGGCAUGCAAGCCUUUUAGCCAAGCUUUAGGCAAAGUCCCAGUUAGCCUGGGGUAAAAACUUCCUUUAAGCUUAUUUGUGAUGAGAAAAAGCAUGCUAAUGUAGAAGAAAAUUACCAAAAAAAAAAAAAAGGAAAGAUGAAGCAUUAUUUGUCCUGGAUAAUGUACACAAAAUUUGAUGUCAAAGCUCUAGAUAUCUAGAUCAGAAAUCAAAGCAAAAUACACCCUCACGAUUAAAAUAAAUUAAUUACUUGCUGAUGAUAAGCAUAUAAGGUAAUCUUCCUUCAAGUAAUCUGCAAUGAAAGCCAUUGCAGAAAAAGAAGCCUGAAAAAAAUUCAGGCUUUAAUAGGAUUGAGCUUCAAAACCACAUGUUUGAACUCAAGCUGACUCUUGUGGAUUCUGUUUACCCACAAAGGAAACUGCUCACUAUUAAAGAAGUGCAAGUGCAGCUACAGAAAAUUGUAUACAAAAAAUUGUUUUGAGGGUUAUCUCUUUCAUCAGCUGGGGUUGUUAUUUAAUGUUAUAGACUAUGCAUCCACAUAUACACUGUAGUUUCAAAAUGUUUAUCCCUUUUGUACAUUUAGGGAAAACACCCUACACACCCUGCAACAAGGAGGACAAAAUAUGGGAAUGAGUAGACCUCUUGUCACAGAGAUGGUAAUAUCCUGGUUUCUUAUUGGGUUUAGCUAUAGAAUGUUAGUGAAGAUGUUUCUUUCUCUUUUUGUUGUUUUAAGUUUAAUUUGGGCUGAAUGAUGCAAAGGACAUUAGAAAUAAAUGAAAGUUUCAUCAUUUGUCUCAUGAUGUGAGAGUCAGGCUAAUCAAUUUUGUAUUGAUUGCAACUUUUCAAUAACCACAUAUAACCUCACAAUUGAUUGGCCUGACUCCCAUAUUCAUUUACCUAUAAAGCCACAAUGAACAGCAGCAUUUUCUAUAACCAAACCAAGUAGCCCAUUUAGCCAAAGCCUAUCCAAGUUUCUGUCACAUGGAAGUAACUAGGAGUAUUACUACUGGAUGCAUGGGAUGCAAUGUGAAAGUAGUGUUUUGCCCAAGAAUAAAACAACAGUUAACCAGCUGGGUCUUCAAUACAGACCUCUUGACUUGGUGUCCAGCCCACUAACUAUUAGACUAGUGUGCUGUUGUAGUUCAUCACCUAAAAUCAUUUUGUAAGAAUCUGUCUGUCACAUAACAGGAUCCAGAUGCCCCAGUCAGGCAGAACCGACCUUUAGCUGAUUUAGAUCAGGUAUGAUCUGAAUAAUUUUUUUUAGAUAAGGCUUUUAACAACCAUUUGAAGUUGAAUUUGACUUUCAAAAGACAGCAAAAUCUGAUUGACACUUGUUGGACCCAGUCAAUGUCUCUUGUCAUAACAUUGAACAGCCAUCUGAUUUUGCUUACAUCUUAAACAUCAUUAACUGUGCAAUGCGUUGCAUCUGUAGAUCAACUCAUCAACUUCAAAUGUUUGAUCCACCCUCGGUUUAACAAGUCUUUGUUCUUGUUUCAUCACAGGAAGAUGAAGCCAGGUUGUUACAGCAUCUUUUUGCUUUAAUUAGGGCUGGCAAACUGGAAGAGGUGAGGACACAAUUUGUAUUUAAUUACAUUGUCCCCUUACAAGUACCUUAAUUUGUUAAUUUUUCUUUCUUUCAGGCUCAAUGCCUGUGCGAGAAGUGUGGUCAAUCUUGGAGGGCCGCAACUCUUCAAGGAUGGAAACUAUGGCAAGAUAAUAACAUGGAUGGAGGUAAAAGUUUAUGUGUGUGGUGUUAAGCUGUUAUAGGUCAGAGAAUAAAUUGUGGUUAAAUUUGUGGUAUAUCCAUUUCAGUGUUCCAUAAAGUCUUACUGCCUUUCUAAAUCUCUGUGCUCAGUAAUGUCCCAAGUGAAUUAUUUAGGGAAAUUACAAACAAGAUCCAAAAAAUAACUGCCUUGAGAAUUCACAUUUGUGUGAAAACUUUGUUUGAUGCAAAAGUUUGAAGAAAUGCUAGGAAAUUUGUCAAAAUGGGGUCACAGGCAUUUACAUUACUUUUGCACAAUAUCAUAUGGCCUAGCCGACUUUCAUAGAAAUAUACAAUAAUGUAACACAUAGAGUAGCAAAAUAAGUGCCAAAUGUAACUUGUUAGCAAUGGGCUGUGGCUUGUUUGAUGGCAGCAUUGCAAAACACUUACAAAACCUAAUGUGUCUGGAUGCUUUUUACAAUACUAACCAGAGGAAACUGUUAGCUCUUGCCUCUGUGUUUGCAACAUGUACAGUGCUGUCCUGGCUUGGAAAAUUCCUAUUUGAGGGCAAUAGCUGUAUGCAACCUGCCAUAAACAUUGGCCCAGGGGUAUUGUAAAAACCCAAGAUUUGAUUGACUUUGCCACAGGAGAAUAACAAACCUUUGAAUGUUUUUCUGUUUUGUUUUGUUAUGUUUUACUUUUUUGUUGUUUUUUGUUUUUGUUUUUGUUUGUUUUUUAUUUUACCAUAAGGUAGCAUUUAGGAGUGAUUGAUUCAUGAUUACUAUUGUCAUAACAUGGAGGGCAGCAAUUAUUUAAUGCUGAUUGGCUGAGAUAGAGGGCAUUUUUUCCUUAAUUUAGGUAAUUGCUGCAGGCAAAUACCAAAAUUUAGAAACUUUAAAAAAGGCCUAACUUUUCCAUAUCAAUGAAAUUAUGUGUUAUGAUUUCAUUGAUGAUGAAUGCUUUUUUCGGUAGGGCUGGUUUCAUUGCAUUGCUGUAGUUGUGCAAAAAUGAAAUUUUAUUCCGCUGAUUCACACAUUUUAUAGUUCCUUGAUGCCAGCUGAACAUUGAAAUGGCUUCCUACAAAAGUGCAUAAUAGCGAGCAUAUUUGACUUCCCUCAUAAGAGAACAUUUUGCCCCAUAAACAAAUAAUCACUUGCAACUUCUGAAAACACAAGUGAUAUAAAUCCUUAAAUUUACUUGGCCCCAUGCAUAUGGUUUUGUUAAUACCACAGCUAUAUUACACAAAUGAAGAUUUUCUUACCAGCAUCAAUGUUAAUAAAGUAUAAAUGUAUGGGACCCAAACAUUUUUCACUCUCUACAGUCUCAAGUGAUGAAACUUUAUCAGCCGUUGAGGGAAACCCGUACAGAGAUGUAUGGAAAGCAGCAUGCUGGAAGAUGUCUGAGGAAGUAAGUGUACAUUUUAGUCCUGAUCAAGAUAAGACUAUCAAAAGAAAAGGCUGAUGAAUCACAUGUUAUAUAAACCUUCCCAUCCUCAGUUGUGGAAAGCUUUGUCCAUUAAAAAAUUAAAACCUUGUACAGUGUUGUGUGGCUUCUUUGAGUUCAAUAUAGGUUCAGACAUGGAAAGAAACACUCUAGAGUCUUUUAAUGUUUAUAUAUAUUGCAAUGUAUGUAAUUAGAAGUAUGAUUAACAUUCCGUGUGUCAAGGAGUGUUGUUAUUAGGAAUGGGAUUGUGCAAUUUUGUGUUUCCCAAAAUAAGAUACUUCAGUUCUGUCUAAUGGCCUCUAAAAGGAUUGACACUCACCACAGUAUCAGGUAGCUAUCCUCCAUAAUAACUUGUCCUAAAAAUUCUCUUGCAUCAUCAGUUUAAACAAUGCAUGCUCACCAUGUUGUUUUUAAUCCAUCAGAACAAAUUCAGUGUAUAUGAGAGAGCUAUUUAUGCAGCACUCAGUGGAAAUCUCAGCCAGGUAGCUCUAUUGGAUAAUUAUAGAGAAUACAUUAGCUGAUGUAACCAAACUUAGUAGUUGUUCAGUACAUUCCUGACCUUUACACUUGUACGUUCGUGUGAAAGCCAGUAAAUAACUGUAAGUUGUGGUCCAAUUUAUGUUUUAUGGAAUUAUGUUUUUCUUUGUUUCAAAUCCAUAUAUAUCUUUACCAAAAAGAAGAAUAAAUUUUGAAUUGGGAAACCUCACCUGAGUUGAAUAAAUGAAUUAUUGAUAAGUAAAUAAUUAGUUUAAAGAAAGACUUCCACCGAACCAGGAUGCAGUACGUUUUACCAUUGUGGUGUACACAAAAAUGAUAUAUAUGUUUCCUAGUGCAUUUAUUUCACAGUGAAUGCAUUAGAGUGAAUGAUAAGGAAGUUUGUUCGACAUUGAUAUCUUUACAAACUUUUGAUUUUGAUAAAUAUUGAGAGUCCUCUGACAGUUAAAAAAUGUCAUAAUUUUUUUUUCUUAACCUAAAAAGCCCCAUUGGUGAAGUAUUUUCAAAAAUAAUAAAUCCAAUUGUGAGUAAGGCAACAGGACAGGAACUAUCUUCCUUGUCUGCUUUCCUGAACUUGUCAGAGUGGAGAAGUCUAGUAAUACCUAUUCUCAGGAGUUACCAUUCACAUGCACAUGUCUUUCUCGAUGCAAUUUUUCUAGCUGCUGCUAGAUUUUCGUCAUUCACAAGCAGAGAUUCUUUGGCUCAAUAAAACUUUCCCUUCUGGUGGUAGAUAAACAGGCAAAAACUCAAUAAUAUUUUAUUUGAUUCACAGCUUCUACAAGUUUGCAAGUCAUGGGAAGACUAUCUUUGGGCAUUUUACCGAGUUAUGGUAGAUGUUAGGGUGGAACAGGUAAAUAUUGACUUGUUUUAGCUCAUUACAGGCUGUUUGCAAGUCAGCAAGAAAUGGGUUAGUCAGAGUUAAAAGAUAUCUUUUAAAGGAAAGAAUAGUUAAUUUCGCAUAUUUUUAAAUCUGAAUUCUGGUAUAUGUUACUUAGUUGAUUUACCAACGUGGCUAAACUGUUUCCCCAACUUUACCAAGAAUUGGUGCAAACUUUUGACAUGUCUCUAUUUUGUGUAGGAAAUUCGCCUUAAUCCCAGGCCUGAAAGAGAUCUGGAAAGCUUGCCUUCCAUUUUCUGGGAUCAUAUGUAAGUGCAAUUUUUGCUUUUGAGCUGCUGACAACAGCUUAUUACUUUGAUUCUAAACUGCAAGGUACAUUUUGGCAAAACUGUGUAGGCUCAGGCCAUACUCGACACAGAUGACUAGUUUUCUCUCAAUCAUUCACUCAAGAGAUUCAGACUAGUAAAUAACACUUGAAUCUACCACUGCGUCAUUAAAUUAUUGAUUCACGUACAUUCUGCUGGGCAAACUUUCGGUAACCUUCAAAACUUUUACCUGUUCAUCAAGUAUCGCAAAAGGGACUAGACACCAAAGCAAGUAUUAACAAAAGAGCUACAUUUCUAGUCAAGUUUGGUCUAGCUCAAGGUACUUUUUGACCAUGACAGAUGGCAAAUUUUAGUCCGCUGCGAAAAUUCUAAGGAAAUUUCCUCCAACCUGUUUUGGCAAGCUAAAACUUUGCAGAGGCGUAACAAUUAGCUCUGACCUUGAGAGUUAACUGGCUUAAGUUGUAGAAAAAAUGUUUGGUGCUUGAGUAUGAUACAGCAUAUUGUUUAAGCGGUAAAAGAGUAAAGUUGCACAAAUUGGUUGUGAUUGAGACUGAAGAAAGCUGAUGAGUAACACUGAAUUAAUGCCUAUUGUACCCUCCACCAUGCAGAGGCUGAAUAAGUUUCUAUCUCACAGUCUACCUGAUCUUUUUCUAGCCUGAAUCCAGAGAAAAUAUUUGAUGAACUCUAUGCUUGCCCAAAAGAGGUUUGUUUGUGAUUUUUGGGUUCUAACUGUUAAAAUUUUGUUCUACAGUUUAAGCCUGCCUAUAAUCUGUUAUGCAAAUUGAAACGGCAGUUGAUUUAUGAACUUAUUUUCAUGUCAGUCCAUCAAACAUCAAGCAGAGGAGUUCCAUCAUGUCGUACAGAAGCAUAUCAUACUAAAUGACACAACUGGUAAGAACGAUGCAUGUGUGGAAACGUUCAACGUUUGGUAUUUUGAUGAGGAAUACUCGUGGAAAGCCAAAUUCCUCAUACUAGUGGAUUGUAUAUGGAUACGAUAAGAGUCAUGUUAGGAUUGCUAACAUGGUUCUACCCUACUUAUGAUAGGAUCUGUGCUUUAAAAAAUAUUUCAUUUGGAGUAUCAACUGAGUUGAUAAUGAAAAUUGGCCACCUUAAAGAGUUUCUAAGCUCACGUUUCAAGCGUUAGCUGUUAGCUCGGAGAAAAGGCUAACGCUAGAAACGUCAGCUUAGAAACUCUUUACGGCUGCCAAUUUACAUCAACUCAGUGGUGAAAAACAAAUUAUCAUGUUACACUCCUCCACCUAUGCAGCAUCAAAUUUUAUUGCGUUAAUUUAAUUACCCUGUUAUACUCUCCCGCUGACGCAGUACCACAGUUUCUUUAGAAACUUACCCCCUUUUUUCAUUUGGAAUGUUUGAUUUCAAAUCACCGGAAAAAUGAUAUUCCAUUUCAUGUUCCUCUCCUAUGAUUAAGGUUUGAUUGAAAAAAUGCACAGCUGGCUCGAAAAGGAGGAGAAACCUAAAGCCCAAAUACUACGGUUUAUGGUGAGAAUUGAGCACACUGAGUCAUUUUUAAAGUGGAUUAUUCUUCUGUGAAAAUGGAUUUAAAUUAACAGGAGUGAAUUGAAUUGAAUCAUGUAAAUAUGUUUGUAUUCUAGGCCCAUCUUGUUUUGUUUUUGCGAUCAGCUGGAAUCGAAUCUGAGGUUAGUACUGCGCACAAUAAUUCUUUACAUGUAUAUGCUCGUGUAAUGUUAGAUAUGUUAUGGUCGUGUGUUUUGCCAUGUAGAUUUGAAGAUUGUAGUCUCAAGUAGGUAUGAAGGCAAUUUCUUUGUAUUGUAGUGUGUAUGCUUAUCCAAUCUCGACAUUUUUUGAUGUUAAGCAUUCUACGGAACAGAAAUGCAACUUUUUUGGAAUAUUUUUUUAUUAACAAUGGACAUUUGACUCAACGCUUGCUAACAGAUCACCUGUUGCGCAUAAUUAUGAAUAACUCAAGAGUUAAUUUGUUUAUCGAGAGAAUGAGCCUUCCAGGACUACUUUCAACGUGCAUAUAGCCUUUCUUUAGAACUGGAUUAUAAGUGGCUUUUCUACUUUUUUCCAAGUUUAUAGGUGAGGUAUCUCAGAAACUUAUUUACGUUUCUCUUUUCUCUUGUGUCCUGACAGACUGAUUUGGAUAAAUGUGUGUCCAUCCUGAAAGCUUAUGUUCAGGUGUGUACUUCCCUUUUGAAGGUAGUGUUAAAUGAAGUGAAGUUGGCCUAACACAUACAUUUUUGAGUUCAAGCAAUGGAGGCUUCAUUAAAUAUUGAUACUUAAUGCUUGCAUAGCUAUAUUUUGAACAGUGGUGUAAAAAAAAGGUACAGUUUUCUUGCAGUGAUCUCUCAGUUUCACCGAUAUACACUUUGCCGCAUUCACAUGAGAUCUUGUAAACGACACCGUCUUGUUUUAAUGGUUCCAGGGCGUCUUGUAAGGGAGAACGGUAGUAGAUUUAAAUUCCUGCGCGAGUUCUUUGUUGGCUGUUACCCUUAUUACUUUGUUGGCUGUUACUCUUCACCGCUUGAUGAAGACUGGCAUUAUUGCAGUCGAAACGUCGCGAUCAACAUCAAAAGUGACUCUAUCGUGAGACAAACGAACAAAGUUCAUCUCCUAUCUUACACCACGAUGAACAACCAACACAUAUUUUAUUACAAAAACCAACUAUGUUGUGUUUUACAGAGUUACUGUCUUUUAUAUUACGUUCAAAUUUUUAUAAUCUUUCUUCGUUGUAGACACUAAUUGAGGAGAAACAAAUUGACCUGGUAGCGACCUACGUUGCUACUCUACCAGCAGACAUUCAAAUAGAAACCUAUGCAUACUUUUUAGAAGGUAACUUAUAUUUUGUAAAUUUUACGUCCAUUCAAUGAGCAGUUGAAAAGUAAAGUUUUAGGGCAGUAAAAUUACUCAGAACUUAAAUUCUACCUUGCAGAUAUAGUUGACAUGAAAGAAAGACAGAAAUGUUUGGAGUUAGCAAGCAGUGCUGGUGGGUGUGUUUAUAUCAUCUGUACAUGCAUGUUUUGUAAUUAUGACAAUAAGGGGUAAAUCGUUUACAUGUGCCACGGGUGUCAGACAUUUACACCAUGAAAGAGAGGCGCAGUUGUUAACUUCAUUUUGACACAGCAAGCAGAUAGAACCUGUCCGUUGUACUCUGUCAAAUAACGACGUCUUGGGUAGAGCUGUAAUCCAUACAGCGCUCUAACCAGCUGUGGAGCCAUGGGAAGCUAUUCGAGUUGAUAGCUCAGCUGCACCGGCAUCUUAGGAUGAUCAGGCGUUAUCUUAACUACCAGUUUAAAAGCAUAAAUACAGAGAUGAUCUCUCUUUCAUCAAAAACCUUAAUUUCGCAAUUCAAACCUAAAGUUUUAAAACGUUGCACUCGAUGUGUUUGAAAUUGUUUGACAGCUACAUGCAGGACGCUAUCGUAUAUGAACCUGAUGUUAAACGUAGAUCGUCAUCGAGUUCUUUAUUUCUUACUGGUAGAGCCUUCGACUGCGACCUAAAUUGGUAGGUCUGAGACUCAGAAUUCUCAAUUUCUGAUCUUUGUUUCAUUUUCUGCGUCGUAUUAUUUUUUAUUUUCUAGGCUUGGAUGUCCCGUUAAUAACCAAAACGGUAGUUGAGUGCAUUCGAGGGAAGGUAAGGAAUUACACUACAUUCAAUAAUUACUCUUUACUAAUACUGACAACUAACUGAACCAACCAACAGUGAACCUGGAAGUAAUGACGACAAAAACAACAGGAUAAUAAGAAAACGGAGUUAGUUUUCCACUAUUUUCACUGUUACCGUUUGACAAAAGUAGAUUAACAUUCGUUUUCAGGAAGACUUUGCGAUCGACAGAGGCAUGUCGUCCGCUCUGGAAGCUGCUACUGCUACAGUAAGUCAUUGCCCACCGAAUGUUUUUUAGCCUUCUGUGCUUAUCUUCUCGGAAGGCCGCAAACAACUCUUGUGUCGUAGAAGUCCGUAAACCUUCCCUCAAGCCCCUCGCGGUUUUCAAAGCGCCAACCAUUGUGAGACACUCCUAACAUCUCUUGUGACACGUUCUGGUUCAGUUCUGACACUGGCCAUCGUUGAACGAAUCUGGUCAGGUUUCUCCGGAUUCAUCGUUGAUUUUGCUUCACCUCUGAAUU